GCAAGAUGGCGGCUUUCGGAGCCGGGGAGGCGGUGUGGAACCGGUGGGACGUGCCUUGGCCUGCUUGUAAUUCGGCCGAAGUCGUGCCGGCUGAACAUGCUUCAGUGAGAUGCCUUUCAGCUGUUUUGAAGAAGUGUUGGGCUGUUGACAGCAUGUUGAACAGCAAAAUGCUGGUUGCAGAACAGAGCCUUCUGCAUUCAAUCAUUUAUAAUUACCAUUAUCAGAUGAUCCAUCAAAAGGCAUAUGGGAGUCUUAAACAGGUAGAACAGUGCUUGAAACGUUUAAAUUUAAUGAAUCUGGAAAAGUCGAUUCAAAAAAUUACUCAGAUGGGCCUCAUAAAACAGAAAUCUGAAAAUUCUGAGGAGUCCUUGGUGCCUAGCCAGCCUGUAAUAGAAGUUGUUCUGGUGAAGAUACUGGGUAGUUGCAAGCUUAUACUACGUUUACUUGAAUGUUGUUGUAGAGCAUUUACUUUAAUUGUUAAACAUCUGUGUUUGGAAGAGUAUGUAUUGUUCAAUACUUUGAUUUUGGGGUUGCUGAGUCGGUUAUGGAUUCUUUAUGGAGCUGUAUUACAGAAGCUUAGUAUGUUAUAUAAGGAUCUGUUUGAAUUGCUUCAAGAAGUAGCAAAAAUGCACCAAAGGCCAUAUAUUAAAGAAUUUGUCUUUCCUUCUGAAAUAAAUGAUUUUCUGGAAACCAGUUAUUUAGAGAUUAAGAAGAAAAUGCCUAAAGCAUUUAUAGAAAGGAAAGCUGCCACUGGAUGGAUAAAUACAUUGUUUUCUGUACAUAAAACUGUAUCCCACUCUCAGAAUCUGAGUGCAACAGUUCCUCCAGCAGUCAGGAAAAAAAAGAAGAAAAAGAGUAAAGGUAGCCAAAAUACUUACGAUAUUGGAAAACCAGUUUUGAUAAAGAGAACUAACCAAGAUCUUGCAGAGAAGUUGGAGUUUGAUCUGAAGACAUUAUGCAAAUAUCCUAAUCCUGUGUCACAGGAGAAUUCUAAAUGCAGUAAUAUGCUUCCCGAGUCAAAGAAAAUCACAUCUAUUUCUUCUAAAGCCCUGAGAUCUCAGCAUCUUCACUCUUUUGUGUCCAAGUUUAAAGCAGUGCACUCCUUUGAAGAACUGUCUCAAACACUGAAAAUGACAGUUGUCUGGUGUAAAAACAAUAAAUUUAGAUCAGGGGCUUUCUUCUUAGGAAUGAAGCUUUUAAAAAGCAAGAGGCUGCAGCAUGUGGAAGCCCAAGGUUGCAGAUUGCAACGGAAACUUGGAUGUAUUAAAGCCACUAUCUGUAAAUUUCUUACACUCCAAACUUGCAGAGAGAGACCUAUGCAAUUUCUUAGAGGAAGUCCCCAGCGAAAUAGUAGACUGUCAAGGAAGCAGAGCUGUGUUUCACAGGCUACUUCUGUACCUAGAGGGAGUCCUCUCUUCAAGGGAACGGUAUCUCCUUUCCUGAAUCAGUGCUUUCUAUUUCGGACUUUGGACUCCAGUGGUACAAAGAUUUUUGAGGAAAGCAACCACGAUGGCAUUCCUGGCCCUGCAGUGUUAGAGAGUCAUCCUACCCACAUACAGGAAAAAGCCAUUGAACAGAAAGAUGACAUUGAUGAUAUUUUUAAAGUUAUAGGUCUCUAAGGCUACUUUCUGUUAAAUAAUCAUAAAUGGUGUUUGGUUCAAAUGUUAUUUCUAUUCCAUUAUAGCAAAAGCAGGAAACUGUUUUGAGGUUUCUUUGAGGUUGUUGAAAAACAAGUUGUAAUUGUUGGUGGACUGAUUUGAAUUAUCCCUCAAUUACUUAUUUUUAUAGCAAUGUUUUACUCUUUUAUAUUUGUAGGAGUGUUGGUACAGAUCAUAUGAAACUUAAGUUGGAGCACUCCGAAACAAAUGGUGCUAAGAAUAGUUGAAUAACAAUUCCCUCAAAUAAUUCUUUGAGGUGAAUGGACAGUGAGGACAGUGGAGAGGAAAAGCACCAAAGAGCUAAAGUGGAGUGUAAAUACCUGGAAGCAAAAGGUCACUUUGCAAUAUUAGAUUAUUGCAGGAACUAUCCAUUUUUAAAUAUCAGUAAGAAUAUGGCUGUGAAUUAUACUUAGCAUUCUUUAAAGUGAUAAGCUUUGAUGGCCAGUCCCAAGACAGGGCAACUUACAGGUGUCCCAGGUUAAUGUUUUAUCUCAGAAA